AUGAGCCCUGGCACGACACUUGCCUUCUGGCACACAACACUGGAGUUCGGCACCAGCUCCAGGGCAGGCCCGAAACUGGCGGAAGAGAAGGGGGCACAACAAAACAGUACUCGCAACAAAAUGGACAUCACUGAAGGCAAAAAGACAAAAACUUACCCCUCAGAUAUGCAGGAGAGCCAGUCUCCCAAACGAAGAGCCGCACCCCACUCCUGCAGGACCGCACAUCUCCUCACAGCCAGCACAGACAACGCCGCAUGUCAC